AUGCUUUUACAGUCAUUUCUAGAAGUUAUAAGGCAGUUCAAUCUCGAUGCUUAUAUGAAUCCUAUAGCUGAUGAACACUUUAAUGAAAUAAUAGGACCAUGUGAUAGUCGAGUAAAAACUUUAACAGGAUAUACAGGAACAUAUGGAACAGCUAUUACUGGUGCUAAUAAUGCAUUCUUUACAACAUAUCAAUUUCUUGAAAAGGCAAGAACAGAAAUAAAAGAUUAUCAAGUUAUUGAAGACCUACCUGAUGCUAUGAAUUCAUGGAUUGUAUCUAAUGGAAUUAAGCGUAUUGGUAUUAGCUCUAAAUUAAUGCCAUCGAAGAUUUACAAAAAGUUAUACCAGGAUCUUAAUAGUGCUGGUGUAGAACUUGUACCAUUUACCGAUGAUUUAUUCGAUAAAGUUUGGAAAGACAAACCUAAAAGAGUAUUUAAUGAAAUAUUUGAUUUACAAUCACACAAGUAUAACGAAUUCAUUGAUAAAAAUUAUAUUAAACAAUUUCCUGAAUUUAAAAUUAACGAUAAAGCUGUAUACGAUCUCAAUACUAUCAUUCCGGGCGAAAAUUACAGAACUAAAUUAAAAAGAAUAAGACAAGAAAUAAAUGAAGAUGAAGGCUAUGUAAUAGCAAAUUUAUCUACAUUAGGAUGGUUAACAAAUUUACGGGGAAAUGAUUUGGAUUUUUCAUCUGCAUUUUAUUCUUUCGGUUAUCUUACUAAAAAAAAGUUUAUAUUGUUUACAAAUAAUAAAAUUGAAAGAAAAGGCAUAACAUCUAAACCUUACGAUGAAUUUUAUCCAUUUUUAAGUACUAUUAAAGAAAAAAAGAUUUUUAUAUCAGGCGAUGUAAAUUUUUUUAUAUAUGAAAAAUUAAAAAACCCUGAAUAUUCCGAUUUAGUUGAAAUUUAUGAAAAUCUAAAAAAUAAAACAGAAAUAUUUGGUUUUAAGAUGUCGGGUGUUCAGGAUUCCAAAGCCAUUAUUCAGUUACUAGCAUUGCUAGAAAAUUCUACUGUAGAUUUUACUGAACUGGAAAUACAAGAUAAAUUAAUUGAAUUUAAAAAACAAAACAAAGGAUAUUUUUCUGAAAGCUUUAAACCAAUAAUAGCAUCUGGUUCUAAUUCUAGUAAAAUUUACCACGAAGCAACUAAUAAAAUUCAUAAAAAAGAUGAAAUAUUACUACUUGACGUUGGUAGUCAUUACAUGUAUGGAACUACAGAUAUUACGAGAACAGUAUGUCUUGGCGAGCCAUCACCUGAUAUGAUACGAUUUUAUACAAUAACCUUAAAAUCGUUAAUAAAAGCUAAGUAUAUUAGAAAAAAUUUCAUACAGGGAAAAGAACUGGAUGACGCGGCAAGAUAUUUUUUAAAAAAAAUUGGUAAAAAUUACAUUACAUCUACUGGUCAUGGCGUAGGAUUUUUCGCGCAAGUUCACGAAAAAUUUCCUAAAAUGGAUUAUGAUGAGGACACGCUAGCAGUGCAUAAUGUUUUCACUAUAGAGCCGACCUAUUAUGAUGCAAAUCUAGGAAUACGAAUCGAAGAUCAGGUUAUUUUGAAUGAAAGUGAUGGAUUCGUAUUUCAAACUAAUCUAAGUUUUGUACCUUUUCAAAUGAAUAUGAUUGAUAAUAGUAUGUUAACAGAGGCAGAAAGAAAAUUAGUUAAUUUGUACAGUAGAAAGAUGUUGGGAUUUUUAUCGCCGUUGUUUGAUAAAAAAUCACCAGAAUAUAAAUAUCUAGUCGAAAACACUCAAGAGUUACCUAAUGUUGAGCAGACCAAAGAUGAGAAUGGAGAAAUAUACAAUCACAAUAUUACUAAAUAA